GUGUUUGGAUUUCAAACAUGUAUUUCAAUGUAGAAAAUCAAAGACAGUAUAUAGUGAUGUCAAGCAACCAGUUGUUAGGAUUAAGGAAAGAUUGAUUGAAAAAUGUUGUGACGGUUAUCAACAAAGUGGUAACAAAUGUAUCGCUAACUGUCCCAAUGGAUGCUACAAUGGACAGUGCAAUAGACCCGACUACUGUCAAUGUAAAUCAGGAUGGAUGGGUAAAGCGUGUGCACACCGCUGCCCUAAAACUAUGUGGGGCUCAGGCUGUGAUAUGGUAUGCGGGUGUAAACGUGGUUAUUGCGAUUCAGAAACAGGUAACUGUGACUGUCCGGUUGGCUGGUAUGGCCAAUGGUGCGAAAAGCCGUGCGAUUCGGGCUUUUAUGGAAAAGGAUGCAAAAAACGUUGUCGGUGUGGAAUAGGAAAAUGCGAUAUAUUAACCGGACUAUGUGUUUGUCCAUAUGGUUGGACAGGGAUCUAUUGCAACAAAAAGAUUUUGUCUAUAAUAGCUAACACCACAACAGCUAGCGCUACGGCUCAAAUGAUGUCUACUUUAGAUACCAAGUUUGAAGCCAUCAAUAAUACACUAAUUGAAAGCAUUGUCGUCGACAAUAACAACAAUGAUUGGACUUUUAUGGCAAUUGCAUCAAUAUUUGCCAUAUUAUUAGCUAUGGUUGUGUUGGGAUCUGUCGUCUACAUUAUUGUUAGACACUAUAGAUUAGGACAGUUAACUAAUAAUAAGCGCAACAGUAUGACCACUACCACCACUACUACUACUAUUACUCAUGUAGACAACCCGGCCUACACUAUACCAGUUCCUCAGCCUCAUCCUCGGACAACCCAAACCCCUACUAAAUGUGAGUCAGUGGCGGAACAAAAUUUUUAUCAUACAAUUCAAGAGCUCCGGGAGAAAAUUGGUAAAACCAAAAAUGAAAAUAUCUAUGAGGAAAUUCAUGGUGAAGUGAAAAAUGUGGAAACAAAGAGUGGACAGUUGGCCGACAAACARUCAAUGGACACAAAAUGCGGUACAGAAGCUGAUAGUGAAGUGACUAAUCUUAAACAGCGACCAAUUAUACCACCAAAACCUGUCAAUUAUUUGAAUAAUAAAUUUUAA